GACCAAACGAAGUAACCAUUUGCCAAGUAUCCUAUCCUAUGUACAUCUCAACAAGUCAUCCUCAUGCAGAAAAGUCUCGCCACUUACUGUUGAGAUAAAGUCAUCCCUGGUGGACACGGCGAGCCUUCUUUUAAGGCAAAGUUAUCAACAAAAUAACUUCACUUUUAAUCAAUCCAUGGCACUGCCACUGACCUUAACCCUCCUUAUACCUACGCUUAUCUAUCUUCACCAUCUUCCCUUAGCUUUUGCUAAUGUUGCUCUCAAUUCCUCACUUUCCACUAAUGACAAGGAUGCGUGGCGUUCACCUUCGGGUGAAUUUGCUUUCGGCUUUCGACAACUCAAUAACGAUACCAAGUUGUUCAUGCUUGCUAUCUGGUACCCCAUGAUACCCGAGGAGACCGUGGUUUGGAGCGCAAAAGCAGGCGAUACACUUGCAACAGCACCAACAGGAUCACGGGUUCAGAUCACAUCACAAGGUCUCUCCCUCACAACUCCCCAAGGGGAUUCCCUGUGGACAUCGAAUUCAGACGUUGUUGUUUCCGAAGGAGCCAUGCUAGACACUGGCAACUUUGUUCUACUCAACGGGAACUCUUUUGAUUAUGUGUGGGAGAGUUUUCAGAAUCCCACAGACACCUUGUUGCCUAACCAAUCUUUGAAGCUAGAUGCCAAUUUAAAUUCUAGACUCACGGACACCAAUUACUCUUCUGGAAGGUUCCAACUUUAUUUUCAGGAUGGUAAUGUCUUGCUCAGCCCCCUUGCGUGGCCUUCUCAACUUCGUUACAACUCUUAUUAUGUCAUUAAUGCCUCUGGCGCUGCUUCAAGUUUUGACUUUGAUACAUCAGGAGAUAUCCAUGUAAAGACACAGAAUGGGACUAGAAUCCAGCCUCAAGGUCCAACAUGGGGUAACAUAACUCUUGACCCUAAGGGGUAUUACUACAGAGCAACGCUUGAUGUCAGUGGAGUUUUCACGCAGUAUUCUCAUCCAAGGAACACUAGUAAUAGUGCCCAACAAGGGUGGACAAUCAUGAGGUACGUUCCUGGCAACAUUUGCAACGCGAUAUUCAAUGAAUAUGGUAGCGGUUCCUGUGGCUAUAAUAGCUACUGCUCCAUGCAAAAUCAAAAUCAGAGGCCCACUUGCAAAUGCCCUUAUGGAUAUUCACUGGUGGAUCCGAGUAAUGAAUUUGGUGGAUGCCAACCCAAUGUCACCCUCGCUUGUGGAGCGGAUGUUCAAAAACCGCCAGAAGAGCUGUAUGAGAUGCAUGAGGCCAGAAAUUUUAAUUUUCCUCUAGGAGAUUAUGAAAAGAUACAACCUUACACAAAAGAGAAAUGCUGGCAAUCUUGCUUGCACGAUUGCAUGUGUGCUAUGGCCAUUUUAGGCGACGAGACAUGUUGGAUGAAGAGAUUGCCCCUUGGUAACGGAAGAGAAGUGCAACAAAAUGAUAGACAUUUUGUCUAUAUCAAAACAAGACUUAGUCGUGACUUACAUAUUGGUGCAGACGGGGAACUCCCCGAUUCAACGAAAGAAUAUCGAUCUAAGCCUAUUCUUUUGGGGUCACUUAUUGGCUCCCUCGUUGUUAACAGUCUUCUCCUGGCUACGGUUGUUUUGUUUAUUCUCUUGAAGCAGAAAAUGAAAAGGGUUGUCCCAGGUGCUUCUACUCUUUUGGAAACAAACUUACAUUGGUUUAGUUAUGAAGCAUUGAAAGAGGCCACAUGGGGUUUUAGUGAAGAACUAGGGAGGGGUUCCUGUGCCAUUGUUUACAAAGGCAAACUAAAAGCACCUUCUUGUAACGUGGUUGCCGUCAAGAGAUUGGACAGAUUGGCACAAGAACGAGAGAAAGAAUUUAGAACUGAAUUGAGUUCCAUCGGUAAAACCAGCCACAAAAAUCUUGUCAGAUUGAUUGGGUUUUGUGACGAGGGAAUGAAUAGAAUUUUGGUCUACGAGUUUAUGAGCAAUGGUACUCUUGCCGACGUCCUAUUUGGACAGUCCAAACCCGUAUGGAAUCUAAGGGUUCGAUUUGCUUUGGGGAUUGCAAGAGGGUUGGUGUACUUACACGAAGAGUGUGACACUCCCAUCAUUCAUUGUGAUAUAAAGCCUCAAAAUAUACUCAUAGAUGAACAUUUCAAUGCAAAGAUAUCGGACUUUGGGUUGUCCAAGUUGUUGUUGUCUGACCAAAGUAGAACCAAUACCAUGAUCCGAGGAACUCGAGGAUAUGUGGCUCCUGAAUGGUUCAAGAAUGUUGCUGUGACCGUUAAAGUGGAUGUUUACAGCUUUGGGGUAAUGUUGUUGGAAAUUAUAUGCUGCAGAAGAAGUGUGUUGAAGAUGGAGACUGAGGAGGAAGAGAAUGCAAUACUGACAGAUUGGGCUUAUGAUUGCUAUUUGGAAGGCAGAAUAGAUGCUAUGGUGGAGGACGAUGAUGAGGCCUUGUGUGACAAUGGAAGGUUACAAAAGUGGGUGAAAAUAGCAAUAUGUUGCAUUAAUGAGCAACCAGAAUUGAGGCCAACAAUGGGGAUGGUUAUGCAAAUGCUAGAAGGCUUUGUUGAAGUUCCCAACCCAUGACCCCCUUUUUCCAUGCAAUCAAUAUCAUAAUUUCCAUCCAAGGUUGGUUCUAUUUCUAUGCAUCAAUUCCUACUCCUGUAUGAUUUUUAUACGAUAUGCUCUGUUAUUUUCCAUUCUGUCUUGUUUUUGUAUUUCUGCAUAAUGGUUACUUGGUUAAGCCUUUUAUUCAAAUAAGAUUAUUGUAGCUGUUACAGCAUAUGAAAGUUAGUUGUUUACUUUUAAGUUUAUUACUUAUGUUAAUAGUUUAUUGUGUCAGUUAGUCUUAGCAACUUGUACGUAAGUGACUGUGACUCAAUGUAUUAAACAUAAUAAUAGUAACAGUUUUUUCUUCCGGUUUA